AUGAGCGCUUCUUAUUGGGACUCUUCGCAACGGAAUAAAUGCCUAUACACAAGAGAGUCCCUGGCCCGUGGGAGACAUAAAUUAUGGCUAUUAGAGUGCCAACUAUACCCACAGGGUACUACUAUAGUCAUGGAAAGCGGUGGUAAAGAUUCACAACCCGUAACUAAAUGUAUUCCAAUCACCCACCGAGACUUACAUUACGAUAGGGACUACAACUUGAGAAUCUACUGUUAUUUCUUAAUAAUGAAACUUGGUAGGCGAUUAAAUGUGAGACAAUACGCCCUAGCCACUGCUCACGUUUAUUUAUCCAGGUUCUGCCUAAAAGCAUCGAUACGUGAAGUUAAUUUGUACCUGUUGGUUACUACAUGUAUAUACCUUGCUUGCAAAGUUGAAGAGUGUCCACAACAUAUCAGAACACUGGUUAACGAGGCAAGAUCCCUUUGGCCCGAAUUCGUUCCACCAGAUCCUACAAAGGUCACUGAGUUUGAAUUCUACCUCAUAGAGGAACUCCAGUCGUACUUAAUCGUGCAUUAUCCGUACCGUUCAAUGGAACAGUUUGCGUCCGCUCUACAACGCGAACCAUAUGGCCUAACCCUAUCUCGCGAUGACAUGCAAAACAGUUGGUCUCUGAUAAACGACUCCUACAUUACAGACGUGCAUCUACUAUACCCUCCUCAUGUCAUUGCUAUGGCGUGUCUUUUUAUCACUGUCUGUUUACGAAAUAGCAGCUCACCUUCAGCGGCUACAAACCAGGAAAUCUUCAACAGGUUCAUGGCUGAUUCCCAAGUUGAUUUAAAACAAGUUAUGGACACUAUACAGGACUUUAUUACUUUAUAUGACCAUUGGGACAAAUACAACGAGCCAUGGAUUAAAUUCCUACUUCAUGGACUCUACCUGCGUCCAAACCUGUCCAAAAGUUCACUAGCUGAAUCCAAUUCUGCCACUGGAAGCAAUCCAGUGCCGCUAGUUGCACCAACUUCUAACAAUACUGCCAUCUCAUCUGGUAGUUAG